UUGUAAAAAUGUUAGCUUAUAUAUAUUUUGGUAAAUGUCUUACACAGAAGAAGGCAGCUUGUUCUGUGAUGAGACCCAAAGCUGGGGUUAUCCCAAAGUAUUUCCUCUUAGUAAGCUUAAAAAAGAAGGGUUUCUUGAGAACGACAAACUGAUCGUUAAAGUUGAAGUGGAAAUAGUUGAAGCUGUUCAUGUAGAAGAAGUAACUGGGAAGGGGAUGUUACGUAUUAAAGGUUUCGAAGUUCCUUAUACUCAAGGUGUUUUAGUGAGCAAGAUUUUCGUAAAGCACCCAGACAUUGCAGUAGAUUUCAAACCAAAGAACCAAGUAGUGAAGACAGCAUACAUGAAUGUCCUGCUCGGCCUCAUCGAGACACUGCACAAGCCUCCAUGUAGCUUUACUGAUACUAUGCUAAGAAACGCUCACAGCGAGUUGAGCGAGCUAACAGAAGCGGGCUUCAAGCUGGAUUGGUUAAAGAAAAAACUUGAGGAGGUUGCCUUGGAGAGGAAGAAUGCAAUUGCCGGUAGUUCUCGGGUCGAAGAAUUGGUGGAACGGAUCAAGAAUAUGGAGCUGGCUUUGUCGGAUCUCAAAGUUGAACUGAAGAAGGAGAUCGCUAAAUCUCCUGCUGUUUCUAAAGUUUUGUCGUUUGACGACAUUCUUUGAUGUCAAAAUAAAGUUUUGUUUUUCAAUUCCCCUCUAUGAAAAAACAGAGCAAUCCUCUGUUUCUACCAAAAACAGAACAAGUUUUUGACUUUCGAGAUUUCAUUGACCAAAAGACGUAAAU